CCGAGAGGAUCAUGGGAAAUGUGUUUUGCCCCUGAAACGGAGGGAGUUUCGAAUUAUUAUUUUUUAAAGUUACCUGCGAUUACUCAUGAUCAUACAUCGGUGAGUCGACCAAUCCAGUAACGCGACGUUCACGCGAAAACGCUUAUAAAUUGUGUGAAAACGAGUGUCACAAGAUGUCCACAACGUGGCCGAAGUCUCCCGAAUGGCUCAGCGAGGAUGUCAGUAACCAUGAAGAAGAAGAGGGCGUUUCAUCCCGACCUGGGUGGCCCUCUGUUGAAUAUUCAAAGGGGGAACGUCAAUGAGCUUUUCUUGCUAGCAUCGUUAAACACUAACGGUGUCGCGUUGCAAGCAUGGAGCUGAAGCUAGAUGUCAUCUUGACCUCCAGCAUCAAACGAAAGAAGCCAUGGUCACGAUUCUGCUGGCUUGGACAGGAGAAGGAGUGUGUCUUCCUGGUCGACGACAAACGGAUCAGCGAGAUCAACAUGGUGUCCGGUCGCACCAAGAAGAAGACACCCAAACUCCAUCCUUUUCUCAACAAUGUGGUGACGAUGGCUCCAUCGCACAACGGAAUUUGGUUCUGUGGACUUUUAGCCUCAGGGGAGCUCUUUUUAUGGAACAGGGACAAGGACAUGUUAAAGACCGUAGCAGCUGUCUCUGAAGUUGUUCAGAUGAUUACUGCUGUUCAAGGAAAUGCCACACGGCUGUCCGUCCACGCGUCAGGUGACGGGACGCGCGUGCUGUUGGUCACCAAACUGGGGAAAGUGUUCCUGUGGGAAUGUACGGACAUCGAGGAUUUAACUUUGGCGCGUGACGGCUUGGUAAAAGGACGCUGGGCGCAAAUACAGUCGCCGCAAGAUAAUCCUCUGCCAACUUUGAAGGACAAAGAGGCAUCACAGUGCAGCGUCUUUGUGAAGAGCCAGGCUAUGGGUGAUGUAUGCUUAUCGGCAUUUGUAUUCACAUCUGGGAAGAAGCUAAUCAUUACCUGCCUUAAAGUUCAGUGGAUGGAAGACCAUUUGAGUUUUGGGUCCUUGGGAUACAGCAUACAGUGGGCCACCAAGACAUACCCCAUGUCGCGUCUCACCCCGCCCUGCCAAGCAGUCAAGUCCAGAGGGGCGUUGGUGGGCGACUUUUCUCCUGACGGACAACUGCUAGCCGUCGCCCUGAACCAGCGGCAGCCCAAAGCUACACAGGUUCUAUUCGUGAGCACACAGAAUUUUGUCUCCGUGUCAAGCGGUCUUGGAAGAUGCGGGUGUAAAACAGAGCAGAUUCCUUCUAAAUACACAAGGUCAUAUUGGGUAGGCAGUCUAAGCUGGUCACAUGACAGCCUUUUCCUGGCCUGUGUUCUGAAGAGAGGCGCCCUUCUGGUCCUGGCUCGUCUCGGCGGGCUCCUCACGCUAAACAGCUCUGGUUGCAAGAUUGACUUUGGACCUGCACACUUCCUUCCCCUUCACCCACUGGUCACUUACCGACCACCAGCUGGAAGAGCAGAGGCCCAUCUGUCCAGCUCCAGCGUGUCGGCGCGGGACGCCAUGAGGCAGCGCUAUUCCGUCACGUGGCACCCGCGCCUCUUGUACUGCAUCGUGUCUGACGGUUACAUGGCCACCGUGCUGAGGGUCCUCGACAGGCCUUCUCCCGCCAUGCUGGUGAAAGCUCUGUUGGAGAACACCAGUAAGGAGCUUCAGAAGGCUUGCCAGCUACUGGAGCGGUCGCAGAUGUACGUAAGGACCCCUAUGGAGUCGUACCUCAACCUGGACGCCAAGUCGUUUGCAGCAAGUGGGCCUCACCCUGCAGACUCCAUCACAUCUGCAGCCAUUCAUGAGUCCUCCUUGCCUCUCUUUCUGCAGGACCAGAGCACCUUCAGUGGCACCAAGGAGAUGUUCAAAAGAAUCCAGUCCUUCUUUGAGGACGACUCCGACGUCGACGGCCCUCCUCCUGGAUCGCAGCUGGUGGACAGUGGACACUUGGAUUUUGCCUCCAUGUUUGACACUCUUCACGCUUUGGACACACAGACAGACCUAAACCAAGAUCACGAAGAGGACUUUGAGAGGAAUAUGCGUCGUCUUCACCGGGAACUCGGCAAGAUCCAGAACGGGCUGUUGACGGCGUGGGCUCUCUGCUUAUCUCUGGGAGCCGCAGUGGAAAACCAAGCUCACUUGCUGGAGUACACCGUUUUACGGGUGGCACAGCUUGCCGCUUUGUUCCACUCGAUGCCAAGAGGUGCUGCCCACUCUGGAAAAAGGGGCCACUCCAGUUCUGCUUGCAUCCUGGAGCUUCUGAAAACACUUUUCUCAUUCCUUCCGUGGGAUAACGCUCACUUGGACGGGCUUCCUGGCCUGGGGCUGGCGGUGGAGCUCAGUAAGCGGCUAGUCCGCCUGCUGCUGGCACCUCCGACAGAGUCCUGCCCAUCAGGUUAUGUAGACAGACUAUCCGGAGCUGUGCUCAUCCUCCAGCUGGCCUCCGAUGCCCUCGACUGCGCCUACAGCCUUCAGCGGAGAAGCAUCUGGUCCUCAUUGGAGAAGGACUCUCAACUCUCGGCUUCAGAUGUCCACCAUGUGCCACUGCUGCGGGAUUAUGAGGGGAACCAGUCAGGCUUUGUUCAUCAGGGUCUGCCAAUACCCCAGCAACCAUCUAGCAGACUAUUUGGAGUGUGGCAGUGGGUCUACAAGGUUAGCCAGAAGUACCAGGAAGACAUGCGAGGCCUUCAGGAGGACAAUGACUGGGAGGAAGGAGACGAGGAGCACUUGUCAGUCAUCAUGUCGGAGAUCCAAGCAGCUCUGCAAGCGACCGGACAGAAACUCGAAGAGGGUUCUGCACUGCUGAGUCACACAGGAAUCACCUCCUCAGGUGAAGAACUAUUCCUGUGUGGCUUGUACCAAAACAGCGCUGAGACGUGGCGGACCGAAAUUUGGGAAGAGAGUAAAAAAAGUUGUCGUCGUAGCGCCUUCCAGGAGACAAGACUUUGUCUAGCUCUUCUCUACAGUUUGUUGUCCCAGUACCAUUUGAGGGAAGCCAUGGAGUUGGGAGAACACAUGGCCCACUUGGCGCUGCACAAUGCUGGAUACCAUAAUAACCACAUGACUUGUACAUCAGCCGGCCCUCUUCUGCCGAUGAACCUUCACAACGACGCAGUCAUUGCCGUCAUUCAGACUCUGGCGAGGUUCAUGGCUUCCUAUUUUACAAAUCAGCCGCUCAACAUACUGCCUGCCCACCACGUGGCCGUCCUGCCUCCGUUACAUCUACCUCACGGGCCGAGUGUGGGGCGCUUGGUGCCGCUGUGCCAGGAGGCGGCGGCUCGAGCGGUUCGCCAGCAGAACAUGUCGGAGAAGUGGACCGUGGACUACGCCCUGGACCUACUCCUGCUCGGGGGUCUGCUCCCCGAGACGGUGUGGCUGGCGUCCAAACUCGGGGACUGGAAGACGGGAGCCUCUGUCAGCCUCGCUUACAUGUACUAUUGCGCCGGCCAAUUGGACUUCACUCAGCUCAGCAAACGAGAACUUCACAUUCCCAAAACUUUACUCCCUGAAAGCAUUUUUCAAGCGGAGUUGCAGUGUCUUCUGGACGACGACGCUGGAGAGCACAGUGAUGUCAAUGAUACAAGAUUUACAGACCCUGUGGAAGGACAAGACUUGGAUGCAAUGCAGGGGUCUGCCCAGGAGAUACUAAAGGCAUCGGUUAUUGCUGGUGUGGAUGUUUUAACUUCACCAUUGACUUCCUUACUGGACUCAGCCAAAGACCUGUGCUCAGGUCUCUCUGCUUUGGUGCACAGUGGCCUGUAUUUGCCGUCCCCGCCUCUGUAUUGUCCACAGCCUUCCCCGAAUACACAGGAUCCUGUGGGGACACCAGGACAGCUUGCAGAAGUGGCGACACGCCACAAAGUGUCUGGCGUUCUCCAGAGGAUCCUGCUCCUGCUCAGGUCUGCUCGAUGCUGCCACCCUGCUGCUCAGUGGUACGUCAGCAACCUGCGACGGGCCCGCCAUCUACUACACAAGAUCAAGACGAAGUAUGGCUACACAUCAUUCCCCAAAGAGGAAAAGGCUCUCCCAGAGGACCUGUUGAAGUUUGUCUGCCACGGUGGAUUCUUCAGACGGGGCCAUAGCAAAGAUUCCAUUCAAACUAUUAUCUGUUUCAGGGAGCUGUGUGGUUUAUGCUGGAUGCUUCAUGUCAGGGAUCAGCUUUCUGUUGCCUGCAGGAGGUAUCAGGCUGCCAGAAUGCAACAGGACGUUGACAAUUCACAAGUGCAGUCAUCCUGCCUGGAUGCUCUUCUCUGGGCCCAUCGCUAUUUGCCUUUCUGUCACUUCCUGAACGCUGAGGAAAUCCUGCAGGACCUCCUGCUCAGCCUGCUGGCCGAAUUGCCACCCCUCGCUUUGGUGGCAGACACGCUGGUACUUGCCUUCCCAGCGAAAGAAGAGUCUGUCAGAGUCUCCCUGAGGGAGAAGUAUAAGUCACUGCUGCAGAGCUUGAGGCAAUGCAGCGUCUUUGAUGAAGACAAACAGCCGGUCGGUAAGCCCAUGAAGGGUCUGAUCCGAGACAAACUCAGACAGAGGAAAAAGCACCUGGGCCGCUUGCUGAGGCACCUUGCCCCCCCGGAGCUCCGGCUGUGGGAGAAAGAUGAGGACAAGGAAGACGAACACGGGGCGGCCACUACGAGGCCACGCUCACCGGUCACGAGCGUGAGCGCCAGCACGUUAACCGACUGUGGAGAGAGCGCACAGGAAACAUCUGAGGGUGUCUCACUUGACCCUCGCAACUCAUCCAUACCCAGGGAGGUGAAAACAAAUGCAAAGAGGACUACUGUUCCGACUAAGAGGGCGCCUGAGGAUGUCGCGCUACCUUCCCUUCCAGUCGUUGGCACCUGGGAGUUUGAGCUGGAGGAUGGCGAAUAUCUCACCUUCCUCGAGCUCUUUCUCAGCUACAUGCUGGAGAAGGACAGCGGCGACAGGGCCGAGCCUCCCUUGCUCAAGUCCUUUUGCUCCGCUCUGCGCGACAGGGAGCUGCACUCGCUCACCUUCGACGUGCUCACCACGAUGCACCGUCGCCAAAAAGACGGCCAGCACCCGACCAGGAAACACAGUGGCGACGAGCUGCCGGUCUUCCGAGCCGGAUGCUGCCGCAGGCCGGCGAAGCACGGUACGAGCCCCGAGUCGCAAACUUCAGCGGCCUGGAACGACGCUUCUGAAUCCAGAAGCAACCUCUCUGCGUUUGCACUGCCUGAUCUUGGGACAGGGAGGCAAAUGGGUUUGUUUAGCCUCCGACAUCAGAAGGGAGGCUCCCGUUCAGACGGAAAUCAAAGCGUCUUGGCGUUCGGCUCUUCGACCACCGCGGAAACCAGUGUCGAUCUUCGACAGGUCCUGGAUUCUAAAUUAGAGGACCAGUUCCCGGUGCUGGGCAGGCUCCUGGAGUGGAUGUUGCGCUGGGCCGACAAGAGGGUGCUUCUUGGGCAUACCGGCAAGAAGAAGAAACCGAAGGGAGAAGGAAAGGCCGAAGACGGGAUAGUCAUCCGCGUCAAAACCUCUACGCCGGCGGUGCUCACAUCGCUGAGCCUUCUGGAGCGCAGGUUCAUUCAUCUACUUCAGCCGUGCUGCCCGGAAGCACGAUGGACGGUCGCCCCGGUGCUGCAACCCGAGGUGGACACGAGACUGGAGCGAGAGAGUAGCGUUGAUACCGGCUACCCCGGAUCAGCUAACACUCCCGUUGCUGGUCAGGAUCACAACGUACAGCAAGGAGAAGAGUCUAUUUGUUCUCACACAGAUGAACCAGAGGAACCCAAGUCUCAGAGGACGCCUCUCCCCGAUAACCCAGAUGAACUCGACUUGAGCGCCCCGAUCCCAAGCUCCGCGGCGCAGCGACUGGAUUUUGAUGAUUUGGAUGUCACGCCGGAAAAAGAAGGCAAAAGCAGCGGCGACCGUUCCGAACAAUCAUCUCCUCUCUCCAGUGGGAUCACGUCUGAAAACCUUUGCUCGCCACAACCGAGCUUAAAGCGUAGAGAACUGAUCGAGCCAUCCUGCUCCACAUCCCUCCUCAGUCAGGCCGGAAGCCAUCAAGCGACCCGGGCGCCGGGUAGUUCCAUUCCCCAACUUCCCUCGUCCGUUCAGCCUCAGGCGUACCCCAACACGCCGUUAGACCAUCCAGGUUCUCUGCCUGCACCUGCUCAGGAUCCUUUUGGCCCCGGUCCAUCGUCCUCCCUUGAGGCUCCGCCAAUGAGGCAGCGUCUGGGCGAAGAUCUGUACCGACUGGUCCAGAACAUCAACUAUAUGAGCCUGAUGGAUGUUUUGGGGGCUUCAUUUUCCAGUCUGCAACUCGCCCAGCAGAAUUCCUAUUUAGCUCAAUCCAACGUGAACCCCUUUCAGCCUUAUGUGCCUUCGUCUUACAUGACCAACGUGCCGCCUGAACAAAAUCCCCAACCUGCGCACACCCCUGCAGUGUCUCAAUCACAAAUACAUGUGCCAAAUCCACAACCGAACAACCCGCGAUCUUUUCCGGCAUCUGCACCCAUGUACGCCUACCAGACUCCCAUACACAGCACACGCGAACCUGAUCAUGUCAGCCAUCUUCCCUGCGCUACUAAUGACGGAGGAGGAAGCUACCAGGAAUUUCGACCUCUUUCUGUGGAAGCGCAGUCAACAGACAUUCACUUUAAGGAAAGCACGGGGUUAAUCCCGUCCACCCAAGGGCUCCUGAUCACCUCGAACACAAAUACAAUAGCGCCCUCUAUUGGUAAUAUCAAUACAGACCCGUCCUCUCAAGCCGGGGGCCUCAAGUUGCUGCAGCUGCAUGGUGGCAGGAAGAGAGACACGAAAAGGGCGAGAGGCUCAUCUUCGGCCCCGAAAAGACUCCUUCGAUUCAGUCGGAGCGCUCCCACGGAGUCCCCGGCGAGGAGCUCUCGUCGCCAGAAUCCCACGUCCGAGGCGCCACGCGGCCUUCGUCUGCUGCACUUGCUGCCUGGAGCACAAGGACACGUCGACCUCCCCAAACUACCCUCGCAACCUCCUCCUCCCAAGCCCUUUUUUGUCCCAGCAGCGCCACUGGGGCAAACUCCCAAACUCCAGCUUCUACGGAUAGACCCCAAACCGAGAAGGAUGUCCACCCCGGCACCGAGCUCGUCCCAAAAGGCUCGCCUCAUCUCCCUGGAGGAGUUGGCAGGUUUGGUGGCGGUCAGGCGCAACUCGGAGCAGGCUCGGCUGCAGCUCCUCCGGGUCAACGACUGUGUCGAAACGCACCGAGGCGCCGCCGCGCCUUCUUCCGGCUGCGGCAAAAGGCAGAAGAGGAGAGAGAGGACACUGAGGGUAAAUCUGCCUAAUGAGAUCAUCAUCACCACACAACAGCCAAAAGAGGACCCGGAGGAAAUCGCCACUACACGGGAUUGCGCCAUUCAACGUGGCGCCAAUCCAAGUCCCUCAGGAUCUAGUCGCUCUGUGUCGACUGGUCGCACGUUAUUAGACAAGGCGAGAGCGACUUCAGCCGAGCUCCACGCGUUCGCCUCCACGUGUAAAAGACCCCCAGAGUGCCUCGACGCUUUCACCAACACGGAGCCAAAGUGUUCUCCCGUGCUUGUGGACAAGGCAGUGUCCCCUCAAGCCACACUGUCAGCCACUACUGCUACAGGCAAGUCGAAAGAACACACUUUAGAAAACGUGUACGGAGACAAACCCUCUCAAGACACAGAUGACAUCCCGCCAAUACAAGAACAGAGGAAUUUGGAUCAGCGUGGCCGCAACUUCCUGAGUGUCCUGGACAUCGAAGAGGGGACGCAGCAUCGGGAUUUGCCUCCUGCCAGCUCCGGAACGAAAGACGCUUCUUCCGUCCCUCCCGUACUCACGCCCGCUCAGCUUCACAUGCUCGCCGCUUCCAUCGUUAAGAGUGCUCACCCUGCCGAUGAGAAGACCCCCAAAACCGUCACUCGAACAGAUUCCUGCGAGGGCGCCGCUGAGCCGAACAGGGAACCAGAGAGAGUCCACUCUGAGGAUCUACCGGACUCCGAGCUUUGUAAAGUCAACAGGACAAGAAGAAGAGAGAGACCUCACAACUUGGAACCAGAGCGAUUCUACUCCGAGGAACUACCUGACUCUGAGCUCACUACAGCCAUGAAGACACCAAGAAGAGCGAUACCUCGCGACAGGGAGCCAGAGAAAAUCUCUCCGGGUUACAAUGAAGAUUCAACUGACUCGGAGCUUUCAAAAGCCAUCAAGACCCCAAGAAUAGACGGGCCUCGCGAUCUUCCGUCCGAAACCGCCGCAGUCUGGUUCUCGUCGCACAUAAGCAAGCUGGAUUCACAGCUGGCUGCGUUGCAGAACAUCGCCGACUGUCUGGAGAAGGACCUGCCCCAGUCCAGAUUGGCAAAGGAGCCACGACAAGUCAUACCAGCCUCGCCUCCGAAUUUGAAGCCUGCAGUAAGAAAAACAGUACGACUGUCUCUCCCAGCGCAAGAGCUUAAAACACAGCCAAAACACACUUACAGCAGUGUGAGAAAGAACACUCUUGAAACCGGAGCCCCACAGCCUCAAUCUCGGGCUGCGCCAGAACCUGACAUCUGCAAGGUGGAAGAAGAGAUCGAGGAAGAAGAAGACAUGUUUCGCAAUGACUCCCACCGCCCCGACAAAAAGCCGUCGGCUCGCCAUCCGCCGUCUUCCCCUCAGCUUCGUCACGACCAACAGAGCCUUCCAAAACAUCUGUUGACCGGAACAUUGGAAACAUUUGACGAGACGGCUGAUGAGAGUCUGGACCAGACGGGGCUGUCCGAUACAGCGGAGAUCCUGGAAGGUUUAGUGCGAGAUGGUUAUAUAUCCCAAACUGACCUGGAUGCGUCUUUAUCAAACACGCUCGACGACAGGAGGGAGGAGGAGCAAGAGCCGAGUCAGCAGAUUUCCCCGAGGCGUGCUCUUCCCGACGAGGACGACGACAGACGGGAGCUGAUGAUCUGGAUGAGACACAAGCAGAGAGAGAGACACUCGGUGUAUCAAAAACAGAGAGCCAGCCUGCGCGAGAAGGAGAUCAAACCUUUUUCCAGAACAUCGAAAUCCACCAGCCAAGUGACCAGCAGUAGAAACACACAGGAAAAGCAGAAGGCCAUGCUUUUGAAACAAUUCAACCAGAGGCUCCACGACGCCACCUUGUUGGCAGAUCAACUUCGCACCAGCCCCUUUUCCGGCUCUCGUAUUUUAGUCAUUGAUGCUCCCGCCGUAAGGUCCUCCUCCGCUCCGCCCACCGCUGACAAUCGCAGCAAAGAGAAAAGUCUGACGCGUCCCUCAGGCCAAACGCACGCCCAACGUCGUCCUUGGACUGCCGAAGCGCCUGGAAGACCUUCAGAGGACAGCCGGAGGACCGAACGACCCCGAAGACCAGGGGCCUCUCUGUCGAGGGAGCGUCCGAUGGCCUCCAUCAGGGCCCACGAGGACCAGCAAUUCACACACCGGGGUGUCAAUCUGUUACUGCCUGAACUGAUGGACGAGCGGGACGACGGCGCCGAAGCGGGCGUGGCCGGUAUGGACUGGCUGGACAAACUAACGGAGAGCGGAGGGCGUCUCAGCGAGGUCGACUGGGCGGCCAUCGAGAGGAUGGCGGCCGCAGAGGAGAACGUCUGAACGGCCGCACCUCAGGCAAAAAUGAACAGUCAAGGGAAUUUAUGUUCGUUUUCAAAUACAGUGGUACCUUGACUUACGAGUACCUGAAGUUUUUUUCUGAGAUACGAGCCGUCGGUUGGCCGAAUCUUUUGCUUUGACUUGAGAUACGAGCGAUGUGUGGUGGCACUGAACUCAACUCGCUUGACAAUCAGCAGCACUUUGGCAAACGGUGAACAAGUCUUCAAAAAAGAGGCUUCAAGCUGUUUAUUGCCACUUCCAGUUGAAGUUUACUAUCAAACUAAACAUGAAACAAAAGUUGCACCAUUUAUAUUUAAAACAACCAUAUAGCUUAGCCUUUCAGUCGGCUAGCUUAAUGCUAACACUAUCGUCUAUGUCGCGGCGCUAUAAAAAUCGAUAAGCAACCGAUUGAAAUCAAACGGUGCAAAUGUAGAAAGACUGUCACAGUACUCAUGGUCAUAUGUUCUUUAGCCUCUGCGAAGAACGACGAAUAUUAGUGCAGCACUGAUGAGCUGAAUUUAUUAAGUCAGAGCUAUUUAUUUUUCAUUUUUUUGUGUUUGUUAAACAAUACUUAUUGUCCAUAAAAUAUUUUCCCUGAUAUUUUUGGUUGUCAGGAACGAAUUAAUUGGAUUCACAUGUUUUCCUAUGGGAAAUAUUGUUUCAGUUUUUGUGUGAUUCGGUUUUAGACUUUUUUUGAAAGGAAUAAUCCCGAAAACAGCUUCCGCUGUAUACUAAAGUAGAGGGAGUCAAUAAAGGCAACAACACUAGCCAAGGGCAUUAAAAUAAUUUUUAAGCUGCAGAAAGUGAAGUGGAAAAAAUGAAUUUAUUAACAUUCUGUUUAUGUUAUUACUGUAUGUUUAUCUUACAGUCCAAUACUGUGUACAUUGCUAUUUUUCUUAAUAGAAAAACAUGUUUCCAAAAAAAUAUGUUGGUGUUUUUUGGGGGGCAAGAGCACAAUUAAUGUCAUUUCCAUUCAUUUCUACAUGGAAAGUUGAUUUGAGAUAUGAAUGAUCUGACUUAUGAGCAUGAUCAUAGAAGGAUUUAAGGUACUACUGUAUGCCUUGUAGUAGAAAUUAUGGAAGAUUAAGUUUACAAACUCGAGAUAUUUAUGUCCAUAGAUUGUUACAUUCAUAAUGUACGUAUCAUAGUGUAGCCUAUUUGUCGGUAAUUACAGUGCAUCCGAAAAGUAUUCACAUCAUUUUUCCACAUUUUAUAUUACAGCGUCCUUCCAAAAUCGAAUAAAGUAAAAUAAAAAAAUCUGAAAAUUCUACACACAACAUCCCACUUUUAAAAAAAAAAUCUAAUAAAAUAAAAUAAAUUAAGAACUCACAUGUACAUUUCACUAUUGUUCAAAAGUUUGGGAUCACCCAGACAAUUUUCUAUGAUAACAAACUGUUGUCUAUGAGCCACUGAGAGCUCAAGUGGGGUAACUCCAUUUCUGUCAUUUUGCAGGAAAGUAGUACUAGAUUUUCCAGAAAUUUGGACAUGGAUCAUGUUGUAUAUUCAUAUUAGCCCAUAUUGCUAUACACCAGAGUUACCGUUAUCAUCUUGAGUUUCAUUGGUUGGAUCCCAGUCUGUAUCACCGAGGCUGCCUGAAAGAAAAGAAACAAAAGAUGAUAAAUAACUUUCACUUAGACUAACACACAGAUGUCGGGCACCCAAGCUAAAGUGCUACUUUCUGAGUCUUUUAUCAUUCUCUGAACUUUACUGGGAUGUUUUUGCGGUAGGUGAGACCUGGUUUCAGAGGCGUGCCCAUCUUGGAAAAUGAAUUGAAUCCAUUUUGGAGUAAGGCUGUGACAUGUUACAGAAAGUAAAUCGCUGUGAAUACUGGAUAUUGUAAUGUGCUAGCUUUCUGCUUGAUUUCUUUUCUACUUUCUCACUUUUGUACGCACUGUCACAAAUAAAUGUCACUUUUAAUCGUUCAACAAGAUGUCUUGCUUCUAUUCAAAUGGGACAUAUUAUGGAAAAUGUACUUUGUGUUUAUGCAAAUAGUUGUAUUAUGCCUGGAAUUCCCGCCUACCCACCAAUCAAGUGUUAAAUUACACAACCA